CUACAAUUCUGGAACAGUGAAGUGCUGAAGAGUUGAGGCCGGUGAGUUCUGAAUUUCUGAUCUCUGAACCACCAUGGAAGCUGCUGCUACAUGGCGUCGUCGUGUCAGGCUGCAGCCGAUCCUGGUGGUGUCCCUCUCCCUCCUGCUGCUGUCGCCGCUGUUUCUUCUGCCCUGCGGCGGUACGCUCGCCGCCGGCACAGGAGGAGGAGGUGACAGCUCCGGCGAGCCGGUGCUCGCCGGAGCUGCCUGCACGAUGAUGAAACGUGGAGGCCAUGUGGUGGUUGCUCCAAGCAUAGCAACACUGUCUCGUCGAAUCCUAGCUCAAAAUCCGAGCCCGGAUGGGGGACACAACCCUCCUUUCUCCCCCGGAAGAAGCAGCAAUGGUGUAAGGCCUGCAGGCAACUGAUGAGAGCAGCCAAGAACCCAACCAUCAAAUUAUUAAAAGCGCCAGGAACAGAUGGAGAAAUUCAUUGGCACAAUCUGUUUUUUUUUUCUCUUUUGUGAUCUGAAAGAGCAAUGACAGGAGCUAGCAGUUGUUAUCGCGAUUUUCACAACAAUCGGUUGAGCUGCUCGGGUGCGGUUUGGAUAAACCAUGGUAGUUUUCAGAAAAUUUCAUCAGAAUUCAAUUUUUUAGAAAAAAAGUAAUGA